UCCUUUAUAAAUGCUGCACGUGCUUGGCCAAAUGGAUCAGUAGAGCCAGCUUGUGUAGGGGCGUUGGUGGAGGUCCUACGAGAAAUCCCACUUGCUCGUGGGGUGUCCAGAACGACUUUCGACGAAGAGUCGACAGGCGCGUGCUGUUGAAGAGUGGCUAGGUUCCAACGCCAUCGUUCGUGAUGGUGGGAUUGUCAGCGAUAAGUAGCCUCGCGCUGCUCGGGAUAUUUUCAGCAGGAUUUGUCCGAUCUUCGUCACACGAACACCACAGAUGUCCUGCUCCGAGGGCUCCUGAAAAUGGCCUCAGUUUCAUCUUCGAUGGUGGAAGAAUCGUGCGCUACCGAUGCCUUCCGGGAAACGUAAUCCACGGCCACGGCCACGCAACGUGUAUCAACAAUCGGUGGAACCGACCGACCCCUCGCUGUCUUCCAAAGCAUGGGCAUCAUAUGAGUCAACGGCGGGGUGCUGUAAGCUUUGAACAAGGUCAUUCUGACCACGCUUCGAGACACCUCUUCAGCUGGGAUCACGGAUAUGCGGGGAACGACACGAGCAGCAGUCGCGAAACCGACAGUAGGGGCGACAAAUUGCCGCUCAUAAACGGACAAUGGCGGAACCACGGCACCGUGAUUUCGCUCGUCGAACCUCAAGUUGGUAGCGAACGCCGCGGCCUUAAAGUGUCUGAGCUGGGACGAGAUAUGAUCGAAGAGGAACUUGACAUUGCAGAGCUGAGGCAUCGCCAAGAACAAGACAGCAAAGAAAGGCGCGAUCACAAGAAACACCCAGGUGGCAGAUGGUCGGAAGAUACCGCAGAAGACAGCCACGGUGACUACAAGGGGAAUGAGUUGGCACCCCUUGGUAGCCAAGAGGUUGGAGAUUCCCGUGAAAACGGAGCAUCGGUGGCUACAUCUCACAGUGGCAGUCCCCUGAACACCCCAAGUUCGAGACGGCAUUACACGUGGGAGAACCCACACAGUGGUAGCACGCGUUACUAUUCUUCAAGAACUGCGUCUUCUGGGAAGUCUUCCGAAUCGUUUUCAGAUAGGAUGUCUUCCAGGGAACAGCAAGAAAGCCGAGAGAUUGGAGGAAGUCAAGAAGUCUUUACUACGAGUGCUCCCGUACUUUCUACGUCCUCGUGGCGCGGUCGUCCAGAUGAAACGCGGGAAGCUAUUCGGCGUCCGUCGGACAUUACAGAUUAUUGGAAGAGGCGUACCGGUGGGUAUGGUGGGUACCGCUAUGGUGGAACAGAAGAUUCAAGUGAGAAGAGGAAGUUUCAGGAAGCGAGACGCAGGCCCGUAAGUCAAGCAUUCAGGAGGAGCUACCUGACUAGUGAUGACGACUACGAAGACUAUACAGACGACGACGAUGAUGAUGACAGAUCAUACAGCCGUGUGGACACACCGCCCAGACGAAUUAAGGGCGAUAGUGAAGUGCUCCCAACGUCAUCACCUUUAGACUACUUCGGAAGGCCUGUGCAAGUCCUCACUGGCGAGAAGGCCCAUCAACAGGAGGAACUGCUGCGACGACAGUACGAGAUGGCCCAGAAGAGGAGAAAGCCUCUCAUAGAGGAAGCAAGGGGGAGGCCAACGGAAGUUGUUCCACCCAUUCAUUUCGAUCACGGACAGAAGGGCGAUGAAGAAGUGGUUACAUCACGGCCGUUUGACUACUUCGGAAGGCCAGUGCAGGUGCUGAGAGGUGAGAAAGCCGCUCAAGCUGAAGCGCUUCUAAGAAAGCAGUACGAAGAGGUACAAAGAAAGAUACGAGAGCGCGAGAAGAUCCAGGAAGCCAGGAAACGACCUGAUGAGUUCGUACCAGGAAGGAAGCCACUGUUUCCCGAAGAACCCCCGCGUGUAAAAUUCGAAGAAGACCCAAGGGUUAAAGGUGAUCCCGAACAAGUUACUUCACGUCCUACAGAUUACUUUAAUCGUCCCGUUCAAGUACUGACCGGGGACAAGGCCGGCCAAGCGGAGGCACUGCUGAGGAAACAGUACGAAAUGUACCUCGAAGAACAGAAAAAGCGACCGAAACAAGAAGAAGCUAUUGGGAGGCCAGUUGAAUUUGAGAGGCAGCCAUCAUUUACUCAUGGCCUACCCUCGAAAGGCAUUUCGCAGAUUAAAACCAACUACGAAGAAGCUGUUGGCAGACCAGAAGACUUUGUACGGAAACCCGUGGAAGAUGCAACAUCCCCUCCAUUAGAUUAUUUCGGGCGACCUGUACAAGUGCUCACAGGAGAAAAGGCUGGGCAGCAGACCGAACUUCUAAGGCUGCAGUAUAAAGAAGCGGAAGCAAAAAGAAGGAAGUUUGAGGAAGCAAGAGGAAGAGCAACCGAAGAAGUUUUUGGAAGGCCUCAUCAGCACGCACGUCGUCACCGACAUGGGGACACGGCGUCCGACGUUGACAUAUCUAGUUCUGAUUACGGGGUACCCGGGAACGUUAGGCUUAGCAGAGAAGACAUGGAGCUCAUGAGUAAAUUGUCUCCUGACAUGAGGGCAAGCUACAUAAGAGACAUCACGAAGGCGAGAAGGAAGGAGGAGACGGCACCUGAGCAAGCAGGAGCGUUUCUGGAGCGCUACAGGAAAACAUGGGAAAGCCGGUUACAGGAAUCUACAAAAGCCAAAGACCAUCGCAGCAAACAAGGUUACGAAGACGAUGACUACCAAAGCGAUGAAGAGUACCAAGACGACGAACCACAAGAUGACAUCCCGGUGACGACUGCUAGUAGCGAAGACACAUCCUCUGAUAUUGCUGACCAAUACGCUAAAACAUCAACUAGUAAGCCAAAAGCCACAUUCGAUCAGAGUUGCCUCCAGGACAAAGAACUCGGAAGAACGUUUCUGCGAGCGCCAAAGAUCGACCACGGCAUGGUCGUCAAAUACGAGAGACAAGCCUUGAGCAAACCGCCACACACACAGUACGUGCUCGCGAGGUACAGGUGUCUUCGCAGGUAUGAACUGCUGUACGAAAAGUCCGAUGCGUUGUAUUGCCGCCAGAGGGAGUGGGUAGGGGAGAGGCCAGUGUGCGUCAAGAAAAGCAUUUACGAAGACAGAAGGAAGCGAAAGAAGUAAACGAGAAAUGAACUCUCCUUCUUCCCUAUGCCAUUUGGUUAGGUGCCAUGCUUCUCUUCUAGCACUAGCAAGCCUCAGUGCGAUGCGUCCAACAGAGCCACAUGUCCGUACACCUAAAUUUUCAAGCAGGGCGAAAAAAGAAGGGCAGAUCCCGUUGCUCCUCUGUUUUGUAGCAAUCUGGGAAUAGCCUCUCCGUUCUCAUUCGCCGCAUGUAGCAGAAGCAAAGUUACGCGUAUUCGUCAGUGAUUGCGGAACCUAAGAUGUGGCGUGCACGUGCAGAGCGUUGACAAGCACAGGGCACUCAUGUACAGCUUCUUUUUUUUCCCUCAAGGCUUUAUCUUGUUUGCGGAGUCGUUGCACAGUCACUAUUGUCAGUGGACCUCUGAAAGCGGCUGCAUGCAUUUCAAGCACCUUCCCAUGUGCGGAUCGCAUUCAGCACGGCAGGACUGUGUUGCCACCGCGCUAAAUGAUAGACCGACUAGAUGAAUUAAAAGAUUGACCGAGACACGGCGCGAUGUGGAUACAGCCUUGCAGCGUUGCACUAUAAGCUCGGUAUUAAACUUGUCGAUUUCUGUCUCUAUAAAGCUUUUGCGUUACCCACUUACGAACUGAGUGCUAAUUAUUGCAAAAAAAAAAUGAAAUUAAAAUGCGGUGUCGCCAGCCCUCUCUACGAGAUUUCCUCAAGGACACUGCCGUGGGAAGUGCUCUCUGAGACGAAUGGGGAAAUGCUGCCAGAAUGGCGUGAAAAUAGCGGCGUGUAGGCUGAUGACUCAUGUGGGACGUGAAAGUAUAAUGUACAUGAUCCAUGCAUUGCAUUGGCAACGGGCAUUAACUCUUGCGCGCGAUGCCUCGAAUGUCGGAUCAUGUGUUCAUAAGUGGAGGGCCAUAGAGAGACGCCAUGUACAGCAUAGGUUUCGCAUGUCUUUCUGCUUGGGGUUGUAGUACCGGAUACCAUAGUCAUGGCACAUUUUAUAGGAAACGUCAGCGAGCGCGCAUAAUGAAAUCCAUUUCGCAGAUGUUUGGAGAGCUUAGUCAGCGUGUGUAAUUGUUUGUCACCAUCUUUCUGACACUGUUAAUUCUGUAUUUUGUGAUAUGUCUUCGAGCAUUAUUUAUGCAUUGCUCUGUACAUACUGCAUCUUCUCGGAGAGAAUUGCGUCCUGAUGUGCUUAUUGUUCCAUGUUUAAAGAUGCGUUUGGUGAGGCUGCAGCGGCAACACAACGGGAAAGGGUUGCGUAACGUUCUCAUGUAAAAUAGCUUUAUCUAGCGAUUACGUUGUGUGCGUUUUUAUGUUCCAGUCGUUGUGGACGAAUAACUCUAAGUCACCUAAGUCAAUUUUUAAAAUUUCCUCGUGCCAUCUUCACCUCAAUAUUCAGAUGUGUGCCUUUAAAGAUCAUAUUUAAUUUAAUAAAACUCCUUGUAUAAAAACUGCCUUGUAAGAGCAAUAAAGAUUGUCUCACUGUCGUCAGGCAUUCAAAGACA